GAUCGGAGUGCGCGUGCCCCGCCGGGACUCGCUGUUACCACGGUAACCAGGGAUGCCGCGCCUGCGCGAACGGGCCCGUUGCCAUGGUGACGGUUUUAGGUUUGCUUUAGCAUCAACCGUAGCCGCAAGAUGGAGGAAGCACCACCGGCCCCGGUCCUGCUGUAUGGAGAGGCGGAGGGGAUGGCGCAGAGUCUGCAGACAUUCACAGUAAAGGACACAGGCUCUGCAGGGUGAGGCACUCACAGUCAUGGCAACAACAUAUUAUACCAUGUUUCUGGCAAUACUUCCACAGGGUGAGCGGCUGCACAUGGAAACUGUGUGCGGUGCAAGAAAGAAAUCAAUUCACUGAUCCAUAUUCACUGCAUGGUUAGCUGACUGACUCCCCUCCACCAUGUUCAUUAUAACAGCCAGCAGACACAGGAAGUGAUAUGUGUCUCCAGUGUACUUAAUGGACCACUAUAGGCACCCAGACCACUACAGCUCAAUGAAGGGGUCUGGGUGCCAGGUCCAUCUAGGGUUAACCCUGCCAGCUGUAAACAUAGCAGUUUCUCUACAAUAGGGUUAAUCCAGCCUCUAGUGUCUGUCUCAUUGACAGCCACUAGAGGCGCUUCUCACUGUGAUUUUCACAGUGAGAUGACGCCAGCGUCCAUAGGAAAGCAUUGAGAAUGCUUUCCUAUGAGACUGGCUGAAUGCAUGAGGGGCUCUUGCUGCGCAUUCAGCCGGUGACGUCAGAAGAGGGAGGAGAGUCCCCAGCGCCGAGGGAGCCAGAUGCUGGAGAAAGGUGAGUGUUUAACCCCGUUCUUCCACCUUCAGCCCGGUUGGAGUGGGACCCUGAGGGUGGGGGCACCCUCAGGGCACUAUAGUGCCAGGAAAAUGAGUUUGUUUUCCUGGCACUAUAGUGGUCCUUUAAAUCAUGGUAGAUCUGACAACUCCAUAGGAAGAAGUUAUGGGAUCUCUGGUACACCAGGAGCUUUGGACUACAGCUUCCCUGUCAGUGCCAGUCAGUGCUCAACAUUUACAGGGUUAUUUACUAAAGCAAGAAUUCAAGUGAAUUUAAAAUUUAAGGUUAAAAUAGGCAACAAAUUCUCUAAGUCAGUUAUGUUUUCAGUUCAGCUACUUUGGCCUUAAAGGGGCACUAUAGGCACCAGAAUACUUCAGCUCAUUUAAGUCGUCUGGGUGCAGUGUCCCAGGUUCCUUAACCCUGCAGUUUUAAUAAACUACAUCAAUUACCAUUGCGGUUAACUCCACCUCUAGUGGCCAAAAGAGGGACUUCCGGGUCGUUAGGUGACAUUUGGUUGCCUACAUGAUGCUGGACUUCCUCAUAUAAUGCAUGAGGACAUCUAAUAAGAAAUCAUUAUUUCCAAUCUUUCCUAUGGAGGAAGGAGCGGAGGCAUGGCCGGAACAAACGCCAAGCGGUGCUGGAAUCUGGUAAGUGACAGAAGGGGGUUUUUAACCCCCAGUGUUCGAGGUACAACUUUGUACAACUUUGUAAACAUAUAUACCCCACUAUUGGAUUAAAAUGAACGAUCAGUACCAGAAAUCCUUUUUUUUUUUUUAAUUGAAGCAGCUCCAUUUAUGAAGGGAGUUGCUGUUUUUUCUGCAAGAAAAUUCCACAGGUCCAGUUUGGAAUAGCUUUUAAAAAAUAGUCUUGUGUGCCAGGUCUCUGAUAUUUUUUAUGCACUGCUUCAGCAUCCAUAUGAAAAAGGAUUAAUAGAAAAGCAGAAGUAGAGCCCUGCAGCUGCAGACUCUUUUUGUGUCUUAUCUUUUGCUUCAGGUUGGUGAUUGUUUGUGUCAUGAUAAAGUCUGGCGUUUAAAGGGACAUUAGUUUUCAAGUGCACUUGACAAAAGUUUAGAUAAUGUGGAUGUGAACAUCUGCAUUAGCUGUCCAGCCUUGAAUGUCUUUGACAUGCUGUGAGUCCUGCAAUAAAAAGCAUGCACAUAAAUGUUGGUGCAUUAUAUAUGUGGGAUGAUGGUUGCACAAUUUACCUGAAGUGACACUGAAGGAGAAGGGGUGCUAUUCAAAGGCGGAAACUUAAACUCUGGCUUGGAGAGAGUGUGUAUAACAAAUAAAGCAGUACCCAGUUAGUGACAUAAGAGAAGUUAUUAAUGGCACAAUCCCAAUGAUAAGAACUGGAAGACCAGUACAUUCUGUUGACCCCUAUGGGGGCAUAAAACAGUAAGUGUUCAUUUUUGUCCUUUAGAUGGUUCAAACAACAUGAAUACAUCGAGAAGCUUAACAUGCAGGCUAUCCUAAAUGCAUCUACAGGACAGGAGGAGAUUAUUAAGGAACUGCUGGUCACUCAUGGAAAGGUAAUCCAUUGCCUACCUCUCAUGCUACAUACAGACAAGAACUAAACAGCAACUCAUAAUCACAAUCAUACUCCAUACUCAAUAAAUAGACUCACAUUCGCUUACUACAGAGCAAGCUGUACUGUCCUACUUUCACCAAGUGAGAAUUAGUUCUAUUGUCCCUAUUACAAGUCUCAAUUUUUUGUUGUCCCUCAGAUUCCUACUUUAAUCCAUGAGCUGAUUGCAGUGGAAAUAUGGAAACUCAAAGUGUUCCCUGUUCUAUGUCAGUUGCAAGACUUUCAACCUAAGAGUACAUUUCCUCUCUACAUGGUGGUAAGUUCUCAUUGUUUCUUCCUAGAAAGGAUUGGCAAAUAGGAACACUGUGUACUUGUAUGCUCUGGCAAUGUUUGUGCUGCAAUAAAGAGGGUAAAGAGGAGAAAGCUAGGAUAAAAAGGAUAUUUGAAAUAGAGGAAAGUUUAGGUUAGCUGAAGUAAAAAAAUAAAUUCUAAGGGUAAUGCUGUAAUAAAAAGGAACCGAUCUGCAAUAAAGUGGAAUAGUUAACAUAAAUUAAGAGGGGAGGAAUGGAAUUAUUGUAGAAAAGUGCCUUGGCAAAGGGAGAAGAAAUGUGACAUUAAGGUAUGUAGAAGACGUUACAAUUAUUGAUAUGGCACCAACAUAUUCUACAGUGCUGUACAAUAGGUAAAACAAGACAAACAAUUAGUUGUAACAAAAUAUGUUUGACAUAGAAGAACAGUAGGUGAAGUGGGCGCUGCCCAAACAAGCUUACAAUCUAAAAGAAUGAGGGACAAAUCCAGAGAAGGAAGUAAGGGAAUCAAAUGAUCAGGACAUACCUGAAAGGAUAGGAGCUUGCAAGGAGGGAGCACAAUGGAUAAUUUAAAUUCCUGAGGACAGAAAGAGAUUGAAGGUUUUAGUCAAAGAUAGGACAGUCACAGAUAAUGAGUGAAUAAUGUGUGAGGCAAAGGGAUCAGGGGGACACGUGGUAGGGCAGGAAGAAAGGAGAAGUGCAGAAACCUCCUAUUCAGAAACUGAGGAGAAUAAACUAAGUAUAGCAAGUAAGGCGAUUUCUCAACCUAUUCUGUGAAGUAGAAUGCAAAAUUGAUAGCAGUGAGAUUAGUAGAUGGUGAAGACGAUGUAGGGCACAUUAAUGAAAUUGUCUGGGUGCCAGGUCCCUCUAGGAUUAACCCUUUUUUUAAUAAACAUAGCAGUUUCAGAGAAACUGCUAUGUUUAUAAUAGGGUUAAUCCAGCCUCCAAAGCCUCUAGUGGCUGUCUCAUUGACAGCCGCUGGCGCGUGCUUCUCACUGUGAAAAUCACAGUGAGAAGACGCCAGCGUCCAUAGGAAAGCAUUGUAAAUGCUUUCCUAUGAGACCGGCUGAAUGCGCGCGCAGCUCCUGCCGCGCAUGCGCAUUCAGCCGAAGAGGAGGAUCGGAGGCGGAGAGGAAGAGGAGAGCUCCCCGCCUGGCGCUGGAGAAAAGGUAAGUUUAACCCCUUUCCUCUCCCCAGAGCUCAGCGGGAGGGGGUCCCUGAGGGUGGAGGCACCCUCAGGGCACUAUAGUGCCAGGAAAACGAGUGUGUUUUCCUGGCAUUAUAGUGGUCCUUUAAAGGUUUGAAAGAGGCAUUUGGGCUCGCACGAGAAGGUGAAGAUGAGAAAGGUGAAGUAUGUUUUAUUUAUUUUUUAUGAGAGAGGGCAGAGGUGUAGGAAUGCAACAGAAGUCAGUUACACUAUGAGACUUCCUCCAGUAAUGUUCCCUCACACUCGAGCACCUUUGUAGGUUCAGGUGGAUAUUGGUUGGUGUUUAGUGUUUAGUAGGGUUGGCAGUGAGUGGACAUAGCUUAUCUAGGGUACUUGAGAGGGUAGAGUUGUAAAAGGUAGUUGCCAUAGAAGGACAUGUGAUAGUUGAGAUGGGUGAGAGGAGAGGUUUAAUUAAUUACUUUUUAUUUGACUAGUCAGUUGAUGGGGAAGUCUGGCACAAUUUGUGUGGUCAAAUUGUUAUUGAGUAGUGGCUCUGUUAGGGCAGUUAGGGUGGAGGGGAUCCUGUGCCUGCCUGAGAUAGUAACCUGGUCCUUUGUUUCUACCUCAUACAUAGAUAGAUCUGAUAUCAGCAGAUAGGUGAGCGAGAACUAUAUAUAUAUAUUUUGCACAUCUCUUCUAUGGCAUUUUCAUGAUAUUGGUUCAUUUGUAAGCAACAAAAGACCAUCAUGGUUUGGAUAGAGAGGCCAUCAGAUGUAUCGUACAUUUUAGUGAAUAACCCUGAUAGUGUUCCUACUGUCAUCUGAAUAUACUGCCAGCCAAAUGUAUAGCUAGCAAUAUGGUCUGUGCCCAUAUGUUAUUGCUCAGGUUUUUCAGAUUACAUUUUAACUGAUUUAGGAAACAAAGUCUCAGAUCACCAUUAAAGCCAUUGUCAAUACAAUUAAUCAGUUGGAUAAAUCAAUUAUUUUUCACAGAUACACCAUGAAGCUACAAUCAUUAACUUAUUGGAGACCAUCUUCUACCAUAAGGUAAGCAGAGUCUACUCAGGACAGAUUUGAUAUUUAUUUUCAGCUUUAUCUGUAUCUUGUUAUCAAAAAUACAAAACGAUUAUCCCCAGCAGAUUUUCCUCUCCUACAAUUGAAGGGACACUCCACUGUCAAAAUAAUUUAUUUUUAAAUCGCAGUUUAGUAGAUAUGCCCUCUAUAAAAACAUGCAUGCAUUUAAUUAUGUGUUUUUGCUUUGGGGUAUAUUUAAAAACAGUUUGCAAUCACUGCAGAUCUCUUGUUUGAAACUUUUGCAAGCCCUCUCCUUCUAACCCCGCCCAGACUUUCUGUGGCCGUCCAAUCAUAGACUUUCCAAUGCAGUUCAAUGAGCCAUCUCUGCAAGGCAGGUCCUCUGGUCAAUUGCUGCUUCUUGAGUUUAGCUCCACUGAGCCAAACAAACCAUGUAGUAACAGAACCGGUUGUCUGAUUGACAGCCAGGGGGAGUAACAAAGUUCAUUUUUAAAAGUUAAAUUUUCUCUUGAAAUCUGCACUUUCUGUAAAAUGAAAAAGAUAGGACACCCUCUUCACUCAUAAAGCCCUUCAGCAAGCUAACAUGCUUUAUUGGUCUAGAGUGUCCAUUUAACACAUGUUCUCAAGUGAAGUAUUUUAAUGGAAAGCAUUAAUUCUAAAACUUUCAUUAGACUCUGAAAACCUCAUUUAGUUGUGUAGCAUUAGAACCUUGUGUAUAAGAACUCGAACUUCAGCAAUUUAAAAAUGCAUUUCAAAAACCCAGUGACUGAACUGACAUAUCCUAAUGAUAGACUUUCUUCUCAAUGCUUUAUUACGAUUAAUUUUGAUAUAAUUUUCAGUACUAUUUAAUAUUUUAUAACCUAUAAUUUAAAUAUUUGAUAGCAGAAAAGGUGUGUUUGAUACACCCAGUCCUGUCUGUUCCAGGAAAACCUCAGGUCAUAUUUAUUUAUUUAUUUUACUUCAUAGAAUUAAACCUUUUGCAAAAAUCUGUUUGUAAAUAAUUCAUAUUAAGAUGGAGACUACACAUACACUGUGUUUACAUGGUAGAGAUCACCCUUUUACUGGACAGCUAGCCAUGGAAAUGAAAAUCAAAUUAUGCUAUAAUAAAUUAAUUGACAGUAUUUAAAGGGCAAUGAUUGUGACUCUGGGUAUGGAGUUACAGCUUACUAAACAUUACAUGUCCAAAUCUAAAAUGGAAGAUCAUAUGUGAGCAGCUAUUAAAGAUCAGGAGUGGCUAACAAGUAAAUCCCCCAGCUGUUCUUUAACUACAACUACAACAUAAUACUUUGCCAUCCAUAAGGUAAUGCAGAGAAAAUUAGCGAUGUGUUGAUACCGAUUUUUUUUCGUGAUAGGACGUAUGUGAGUCUGCUGAGGAGCUAGCCCUGGAUCUCAUUGAUUACUGCCACCGAAAACUUACCAUGUUGGCAUCAAAGAGUUCAGAUGGAAUGAAACAAACCAAGGAAAGGCUCCUUCCUAACAUUUCCAGCGAGGCUUCAACCUUGGAGGUGUGUGGCAAAUUUGGGGGCAAGACGGGCCAGUUUUGGAAAUACCCAACAAGCUUUCAAGACAUUUUUGCAGUUUAAGUUCUUUAUGAUAAAGCUUUAUGUAUUAAAUUUAAUUUACUGCUAUAUUUUAGCGUGAAUUACAGACAAAUUCAAUUACACACUGUUUGCCCUAUUUUUAAAAAUCAGUCAUUACUUUUUACAUAGAACACAUAAUGUGUUUGACACAAGUUAUUCAUUAAAGUGAGAAUUGUCUGGAGUCCAAAAUAAAUUUCAAAUCUAUGCCCAAAGUAGCUAAACUAGAAUUUGUUUCUAGUUUGGCUAUUUUGACCAUACAUUUUAGAUUUACUUUGGAUUCCAGACAAUUCUCAAUUCGGUGAAUAAUACUUCUAGAAUAGUCAGGUGGCAAUAAUACCUUUUUAGCAUUUUGCAACAUUUAAAUGAUCCAUUUGACAAAUUACUUUUUGUAUUUGUUCAUUAUUCUCCUGUGUUCUUAAUCUUUCCAAAAAUGUUCUAGUUUUGUCUGUGUAUAUUGUAGACAAAGAGUGGUUUAAAAGUGGCCUAACUCCUUAGGCAGGAAAUGGUUAAUUGAUCCCAGCUUUACCCAUUAUUUGACUUAUUGUUGUGUCUUUCCUUAGGAACUGAAGUUGCAAGCAGAAGAUCUUGAAUUUGACAUUGCAUUAAAGUGUCUGUCAGUCCUUCGUUAUAUCACUGAUCACACUGACAGGUAAGUAAGUGGUCAAUGUGCACACAUAGUAGAAAUUGAUCAUGAGAGACAAGGAACACACAAGAACGAUAUACCCCAUACUUGGUGGACAUUGUACCCAUAUUGUGUAUAGUAAGAAUGACUUUCUGUCAACAGUUUGCCUCUCAGUGUGACGACUCGGCUGCUGAACACCCACAAUCUGCCCUGUGUGCUAGUAGAACUGCUACAACACUGUCCGUGGAGUCGCAGACACAAAGGUACAAAUCCACAUAACUGUACUCCAUAUGGCUGUGACUGUAUUUAUUGCAAGAUGACUGAGGCUACCAGGUGACUAUGUUGCUGAAUCAAAGAAUAGGAGUUAAAUUACUGCUGAUUCUCAUUCAGUUGUUUUGUCAUAUGAUUAAAUGUACAAAGCAUAGAAGAGAGCAACUUCCUUGAAUUAAUCUGUGUUACAUACAAGGUAUGGGUCUCUUCUUUAUGAAGGUACUAAUGACAUGCAUUUUUCAGUUAUAUUCAGUUAUAUAUAAAUAUGUUAAUUAUUUCAUUUAUGCUGUCACUUGUUAUUGGAUUAAUUAUUGUAUUAAUUAGUUGUUUGCACUGAGGGGAGGGGGGGUGUAUAUACAUAUGCACUUGUUAUUGUGAUUUUAUUUUUAAAAAUGGCCUUGAAAAAGGCUCAUGUUUGAGCCGAAACGUUGCCUGUUGCAAUGUGUGCUCAGAUUUUUCUUUAAUAUUGUGAGUUGGAUAUGGUCAAAUAGAGCUCUGUGAGUAAGAGGUUUUUAAUUUACUUGUAAAAUUGAUCAUUGUCUCAUAGAUUUAAGGUAGAGAUUCUCCAUCCAAUUCAACGUUCAUUAACUCUACCAAUCAUCAUUGUAAGGGGGAGGAAAUGCAAUAAAACAACAUUUCUUUUACCUUCUGUUAAUAUUGAUGUCACUUUUUUUCAUUCUCUUUUCACUUCAUUCAUUUCACAUCCCUCAGGACAACUACAGAAGUAUGAGAGUGGCCGCUGGUUCCCAGUACCAGCAGAGGACCAGCUGAAGAUGACCAAGUUGGAUGGACAGGCUUGGAUAGCUCUCUACAACCUUCUGCUGAGGCCUGAGUGUCAACGGAAAUAUAACAUCAACAACUUCACAAAAGGACAGCUCCUAAAGGUACCAUCACUUGCAUGGCAAACCACAUUGUGUCUUUGCACGUGUCAAGAUUCAAUAUAGGGAAAUUUGGGAGAAAGAUAAUUUUGUUGAAGAAUGGCUCCCUCUCUAAGAUCAAAUGGAAUGUAAAUCUUCAUCUUGAUGGAUUAUAUUAAAGUACUUUUUGUUUCUUUAGCUUUGUUCUUUUCUUACUGAAGUCCUUAUUGAUCAGUUGCCAAAUCUUGUGGAACUCCAGCGUUUCCUGAGCCAACUGUCUGUCAGUGAACCAGCUGCACCAAAGAAGGAGUUUAUUUUAGAGCAGGUAUGGAGAAAGUAGCCGUGUUUAGGGGGCAUAGAGGACAGGUCACUUAGUUGUUUUCAAGGGACUUCUUAGUUUUCACAGGCCACCUGUAUUAGCAGGAUUAUUCACCAAACUGUGAUUUAGAAGGGAAUUGCAGUCCAAUAUUGCUAGCUAGCUCAGCAAAUCCCCAUCAAGUCACAGUUGAUGAAUUACCCUGUAAGUGUUUACCUAAAUGAUCUAUGUGUAUGAACCGAUGUUACAACGUGUGUGUGUGUGUUUUACAUGUGAGAAUUACCUAAAUUAUCUAUGUGUCUGAACCGAUGUUACAACGUGUGUGUGUGUGUGUGUGUUUUACAUGUGAGAAUUACCUAAAUGAUCUGUGUCUGAACCGAUGUUACAACAUGUGUGUGUAUGUGUUACACAUGAGAGAAUUACCUAAAUGAUCUGUGUCUGAACCGAUGUUACAACAUGUGUGUGUGUGUUUUACAUGUGAGAAUUACCUAAAUGAUCUAUGUGUCUUAACUGAUGUUACGUGUGUGUGUGUGUGUGUGUGUGUGUGUUUUACAUGUGAGAAUUACCUAAAUGAUCUAUGUGUCUGCACCAAUGUUGUGUGUGUGUUUUACAUGUAAGAAUUACCUAAAUGAUCUACGUGUCUGAACAGAUGUUACAACGUGUGUGUGUGUUUUACGUGUGAGAAUUAAUUGAAAUAAGUAUAGAUUAUUAUUUUUGUCACAUUUUGAGAUCCCGACAGCUUUAUUAAUGCUUCAGUUAAUGAUAUCAGAGAGAUUUCUAAAAGUAGCAAUGUGAAUGCUGACGAUCUUAAGAAUGAUGAGACAGAGAGACCCAUGGCUGGGCAUAGAUCAAUCAGAUUAUAGCCCAAGUAUUAGCACAAAUAGCUUGCAUGAAACAGCAAGUCAUUGCUAAGGCAGACUACAAAAAUAUUUGCUGGAAAUGUGAAAACUGCUGUCUCUGUUCAUUUACAUAAUUUAUAAGGCAUUGUGGGAGGGUUGUUGAUAGACAAUCAUUCAGAGCUAAGGGGUCUUAGGAUAUAAGAUGAUGUAUACAGUAUAUUUGAAAAGAUAUUCUGGAAGAUACUGAGCAAUACAAUCCUUAUACAUUUUAUCCGUCUGUCAAAUUCUCUUUUACCAUGGUUGUUUUGCUUGAUCAAUCAGGUACCAGAGAUUUGGGAUUCAAUAAUCAGGAGUAAUUCUGGGAAAUGGAAGGCAAUAGCAAAGCACCAGGUGAAGCACGCAUUUUCACCCAGCGAUGAGGAAUUGCAGCUCCAAGCUCAGAGGUGUGUGUAUUCGCAACUCCGACUCAGUACAAACCACAAUAAUCACAUGCUCAUUUCGCUUGAACUCUGUAUUUCAACUUGUUCCCACCAGGUGGGCUCAGACAUAUAAUAUGGAUGUCAUGGAGAACCUCGUUCCAGAUAAACCAAAGUGUGGUUCUUGUGGAUCAGAAGCAAAAAAGCGUUGCUCCAGGUGUCAAAGCGAAUGGUACUGCAAUAGGUGAGUGAUCCCUAAAUUUGUCCUAGAACAAGUGUAGUUUAAAGAAUACUGCAUGCUAAUUUUUAAAGUCUUCUAUUCACAUGUUACCCAUAAGAAAUCCAUUGGAUGUGAGUAAUUCACAAUGACUGAAUGUCAGUUUGAUGAGCGGUAUUGUAUGGACAAUAUUUGAGAGCACAAAUCCGUAUGUGUAAUAGUGAUUUACUACGUAGGCAUUACUUGGUGAUUCUCUAUUCUCUGUUGCUAGAUCAUGUAGCCUUUCUUCCAUAUUUUAUGUCAAACAUCUGACACCCUGCAUUCUUCAGAUUAUAGUCUUUAUUUUGACUUUUAUCACCUGACUCCUGUCUUAUCUCCCUUAUGGUUAUACUUGCAUUGACGUGGGUGCUUUCUCUUUUUUUUAAUUGCUUGUCUUGCUUCUGAUGUUAUAUCCUCUCUUCUGUGCAGAGAAUGUCAAGUUAAACAUUGGCAAAAGCAUAAAAAGGUCUGCGAUGUGGUGAGUGAAUCUUUGAAGAAGAUUAAGGAAGAAGUGAAAGCUCAUGUGUGAACAUCAAGAGCCAAUUAGAUGUCUGACAACCAAAUACUUUGCCACCUUGUGCCUUUUUCCAUCCCAUAACCUCUGAGCUGAAUUCCUGGGAAUUAUUUUGUGUAUGCAACUUCCCUAGUUUAUUUCUAAAGUACCAAGAAAAGAAAUGCACCACUUGUCCCAUCUCUCAUUUGUUAUAGCAAAAUUAACAAAAGUAAUGUUUGUUUCACAAGAGGCAUAAGGCAUUUUGGAUAGUUUCACUGUGUAAGGGGUGCCCUGGAUUUGUUACCAAUUUUUUUUUUUUUUUUCAAAAUCAGUUAAAAUUACACAUGUUCAAAACCAUCAUAAUGUUUCAUUGUUAUUAAGGUUGUGGAUAAAAAAAUAUUUGUUCAAUAGAUAUUUAUAUUUGCAGAAGGAAAUAACCAAUAUUGUUUAUUUUUCCUUGGCUUGAAAGAAAAAAAGAGUAAGCAAGUUUUUGCCACCCAAUUACCUCCAAAUGAUGUAACUGUAAUGUUUGUAAUCUGUUAUAGAUAAUGUUGACAAGAUGCAAAUUUGGAUUUUAAUUCAUUCCCUUAGCGUUAUAUCAGUAGUAUAGUUUUCUGAAUAAAUCUUGGAUUUGUUUAUACUAUUUUUCAGUAUUAAACCAUUUGCACUAUUUUCUAAAA